AGGCUGGGAGUUCUAAACCCGAAAAAAGUGGUUCAGAUUUGAAACGGGUUUUCAAGAAGCACUUUUUUUUUCGGAUUGUCUACUUUUCGCAGCAAGACUUGCUUUUUCUAUCACUAGCAGAGUAGGAGAUACUUAAACCAAUUCAAAACAUGCCGAUAAUAGCCAAGCAGACUUUAGGGAAUAGGAAAGAUGGCAAUGGUCAAAUAGCUAAGCAAACACCAACUUGCAAAGUAGGUCAUGGCCUAGGUCGAAGGAUAUCGCUGACAGGCUUCAGUCAGAAAGUAAAUAAAUACCAAAACUAUAAGCUUAGAGAGGAGGGUGCAACAACCUGGCUAAAUGGCAAUGGUCAAAACAUUGCCGUACAGAAAAAACACAUCAAGAAUUUGGGCAUAGACGUUAAUAAUUUUUAUGGAGGACCAGUCAUAACAAGUAGGCCGAAACUUUCUACCCAGCGAAGGCACAUUUAUUUUGCGCAGCUUGGGGUGUCCAAAUCUUCAGAUGAGUCAAAGCUGAGUACUGAAACCAAUGCACCUGAAGGUGAUAUAAAUAAUAUGGUAACGCAGCAAGAACAACCUAACAAAAUAUACUGGCUCGACAAUAAGGUAUCAAAAUUCCAAAAAAUAAUGAAUCCCGAGAUUGUUAGACCGAUCGAUAAAUUUACUCUAGAAAACUUAAGGAAAUGUCCUCAACGCGUGAGAGAUUCCCGAAAUAGCCGAGUUCAUAAGCGUUACGAAAAAAAGUUAUCGAAACCAAUAAACAGCACAACGAAUAGAAGAACUGUAGUAAGGAUGUCUGAGGAAAAUGUUGAGUAUGAUACUAUAACACUAUGCGACUUCGGAGAAAUAACACCCAGGAAUUAUCCAGAGGAGACAGACAGCGAAAAAUGGUACAGCUCUGACCCAGACAGCGAUGAUACGAUAAUAGGAAGCAGUCAUAUAGAUGAUAAUAUAUCCACUUCAGAGGAAGAAAACGUUCAAAUUGGAACGGGGUAUGAAUCGGAUAUAUCCCUAGAAGAAACGCUGUUCACAGCAGAUUAUAAUAGGCCAAUAUAUAAUAUAAAACCGGUUGAUAGUGAUAUCCUUACUUUAGAGAAAGGAGAACUUCACAGUCGCAGGAAAAAAGAAGUCGUGAUCUUUUUAGAAGGCGAAAGGGCAUUACUUGCAAGAAAAGUGAUCACUUUAAGUGAUAAGGAAGACAGUGAUAUUUUUACCCCAGAGGAUGAAAACAUUCAAGGUCGAAUGGAGUAUGAGUCGGAAGAAGAACCACAGUGUUCGGAAAAAGAGUUCACAGCGGAGUAUAAAAUGCCAAAAUAUAAUAUAAAACCGGUUGAAAGCGAUAUCUUUACUUUAGAGAAAGGAGAACUUCACAGUCGCAGGAAAAAAGAAGUCGUGACCCUUUUAAAAGGCGAAGGGCCAUUACUUGCAAAAAAAGUGAUCACUUUAAGUGGUAAGGAAGACAGUGAUAUUUUUACCCCAGAGGAUGAAAACAUUCAAGGUCGAAUGGAGUAUGAAUCGGAAGAAGAACCACAGUGUUCGGAAAAAGAGUUCACAGCGGAGUAUAAAAUGCCAAAAUAUAAUAUAAAACCGGUUGAUAGUGAUAUCUUUACUUUAGAGAAAGGAGAACUUCACAGUCGCAGGAAAAAAGAAGUCGUGACCCUUUUAAAAGGCGAAGGGCCAUUACUUGCAAAAAAAGUGAUCACUUUAAGUGAUAAGGAAGACACUGAUAUUUCUCCCUCAGAGGAUGAAGACGUUCAAAGUCGAAUGGAGUAUGAAUCGGAAGAAGAACCACAGUGUUCGGAAAAAGAGUUCACAGCGGAGAAUACAAGGCCAAAAUAUAAUAUAAAACCGGUUGAUAGUGAUAUCUUUACUUCAGAGAAUGGAGAACUUCACAGUCGCAGGGAAAAAGAAGUCGUGAUCCUUUUAGAAGGCGAAGGGCCAUUGCUUGCAAAAAAAGUGAUCACUUUAAGUGAUAAGGAAGACACUGAUAUUUCUCCCUCAGAGGAUGAAGACGUUCAAAGUCGAAUGGAGUAUGAAUCGGAAGAAGAACCACAGUGUUCGGAAAAAGAGUUCACAGCGGAGAAUACAAGGCCAAAAUAUAAUAUAAAACCGGUUUAUAGUUAUAUCUUUACUUCAGAGAAUGGAGAACUUCACAGUCGCAGGGAAAAAGAACUCGUGAUCCUUUUAGUAGGCGAAGGGCCAUUACUUGCAAAAAAAGUGAUCACUUUAAGUGAUAAGGAAGACACUGAUAUUUCUCCCUCAGAGGAUGAAGACGUUCAAAGUCGAAUGGAGUAUGAAUCGGAAGAAGAACCACAGUGUUCGGAAAAAGAGUUCACAGCGGAGAAUACAAGGCCAAAAUAUAAUAUAAAACCGGUUUAUAGUUAUAUCUUUACUUCAGAGAAUGAAGAACUUCACAGUCGCAGGAAAAAAGAACUCGUGAUCCUUUUAGUAGGCGAAGGGCCAUUACUUGCAAAAAAAGUGAUCACUUUAAGUGAUAAGGAAGACACUGAUAUUUCUCCCUCAGAGGAAGGAUUUCAAAGCGAAGGACAUGAGGCGAGUGAAUUGACAAUUAACUCAGAAGAAGACAAAUCACUACUUGCGGAAAAUGACUUUAUUCUAGAUAAUAUGAAUCUUAAGAAUGAUGCACAGUAUGGCAAAGGCAUAGAAAUCAUAGAUACUUUAUUACGAGAUGACAAUUCAAAUUCGGAGUUACGACAACCAUCAAUGAUCACAUUUCAAGUUACUAUCACUUACUGUAAUGAUUCGCAAUUGUGGCAAUUUCUGUUAAAAACCUAUAAGGAGUUGAUGAAUAAUGGCAAGCUUCCUUGGAUGGAUCCUAAAGCACGUGUGUGUAUUUCGGAAUUUAAUCGUCCUAGUGAGCGUCACUGUGAUCUAACAUUUUUGCUUUAUGUCUUUAGUGGAUUGGGGAAUAUUCGUACAGCCACAUUAGUAAGAAUUGACAUACGUUUUUCAUCAAAUGCUAAAGAAAAACCUUCACCAUAUCUCGACAAACUGGGUUUUGAUUUGGAAAAGGCUCGCUUGGCACAGCUGUUGAAAAAGGCAAUGGAGGUCGAUAGGAUCGAACUUAUAAUGGCAAAGCGCAAUAAACAGUUGAUAAAUAAUUUCAAGCGCAUAAGGAUUUUGCUUGCAGAUAAGAAGGUUAAAAAUAAAAGGUUUUGUUGUACCAAAAAAAAAAGGCGGUUAAAUUCGAUGCUACGCAUGAUCCUUCGAAUCCACCCAUUAUUUAUAAUUUGCAGUGUAAUUGUCAUCAGCGCCUCGUUCUUGGUCUACCACGAGCUAUAUUUUGAGCGACCGAAGCCUCUAACGCUUUGGAAGACCUUUUUGCUAUGUUUUGAUAUAUAAUUUCGCCUUUUACUAAUCGAUAUAUUUGAUAAUUUCAAUAAAAUAUUUUUAUAAUUUUUUUUUU